AUGGAUGGCGCCACAAUAGCGAAGUUGCGCGGUUCCUCCCAACGACGUGAGCUCCACCGCUUCCGGUUGGGAAUUUUGCGCAUAGAAAUGGCAAGAUUACACAUUGUUACACAAAACUUUAACAGUAAUAGUCUUCGCUGCAUGCGAGCUUCACUCAAUUUUCGGGAGCACUUCCCGUUAGACAAGUUGUUCGAUAAACAGAAAACUUCUCAUUUUAUUUUAGUGCCCUCAGUGAAUCGUAAAGAUGGUAAGGAACCUGAAAGUUUCGCUUCAGCAAAU